AUGAGUUCUCCAAAAGCUGCGAUAUCUGAACUGUCGGAAAGUCGUAACCAUCAACUUAGAAUGUUUGCAAUAUUUAUGAUGCCGAAUUUGAUUCAUUACAACGACAAGAAGAUAACAGAUGAAGAACGUUAUCAUGCGAAUAAUUAUCACAAAUGUUUAGGGCCAAUAGAAUGUAAAUUAUUAAAUUAUAAGGCAUACCCUCCUGUUGAAGAUCUGAAAAAACUUAUCCCCGAGUCCAUUCAAGAAAGUGAUGAUGAGAUUUCUAAAUUGGAUGAUCAUGAUUACAUUAUGAAUGUCGAAAAAGGUCUUUCAUCAUUUAAUUUAUCAUUAUACUUUAAGAAUCCUGACAAAAAGAAUGCUACGAAUGAUUUAGAAUUAUUAUUAAAACGUCGUGCAAAAUAG